AUGGCCGCGGUCGCCAGGGUGAAGAUGCCCACGGCUUUGGGAACAAUGCGCGUGCCAGCAGACGUGAGGCCUUUCUCGAUGUCGUCCGCGGCUCUUCAGAGCGAUGUGAUCCGCGAGGAGUACGAGUCCUUGAUGCGCGACCACGACUUUCUGAUAAAGUACGGUGGCUCCUAUCGGUCUUUUGACCCGCGCGGGCAGGAGAUAUUUCUGGAUCAGAUGGCAGCCGUGGCCGAGCGCUGGGAGUUGUUGCUGGGACGGUUCCGCCUGAUGGGGGAGCUCGACCCUGAUUACACGGCCGUGACCGAGGCAUUUUUUAGCGAGCUGGGGUCUUCCACCGACGAAUUUUACGUGCUCCUGCGCAAGGCUCAUUCGCUGAUGCGCAAGCAGGCUGAGCAGGAGGGCUUGCAGCGAUAG